CUCUCUCUCUCUCUCUCUCUCUCUCUCUCUCUCUCUCUCUCUCUCUCUCUCUCUCUCUCUCUCUCCAGCUCCCACAGGACCUCUUUCCCUCCCUCCAUCUCUCACCCUCUUGUUCCCUCUCCUCCUAUCAGAGGUGACUUUUCACACCAUCAUUCUCUCUCUCUCUUUACUUCCCUCCCUCCCUUCCCACCCAUCCAGUCUCAGCAGGGAAGCGUUAAUUCUCCCUGCUCUUCAGAUUCUACCGCCCCACCCUCUUCUUCACCCCCGCAGGGUGAUUCUUCACUGGCUUGGCAAACCCACGCUCUCCUUCACACCCCCCCUACACCCACUAUUUACCACACCGUUACCAUCCCUUCCCAACUCCCCUCCUUAGCUCACCCUGACCCACCUGUCUUCAGCGCCUGUCUGCUGCUAAGGUAUUAGGUGUAUUUAUAGUGAUGUUCACUGGCUGAAGAAUAACGUACAGUAUGUCUCUGGCGAGAGAGAAAGAGAGCGAGAAAGAGAGAAAGAGAGAGGGAAGGAUCGAGUGAGAGCUAGAGGGAGGAGAGGCUUCUCUGAGAAGCAGGGAGAAGAGAGAUAUGCAUGGCAUUGGGAAAGUAUUCAGACAUCUUGAUUUUUUCCCACAUUUUGUUACUUUACAGCCUUAUUCUAAAAUGGAUUAAAUUGUUUUUUUCCCUCAUCAAUGUACACACAAUACCCCAUAACGUCAAAGCAAAAAUGAGUUUUUACAUAUUUCUUGGCAAAAAAAUGUUUUUUUUUAAAAGGAAAUAUUACUUUUACAGUAUUCAGACUCUUUACUCAGUACUUUGUUGAAGCACCUUUGGCAGCGAUUACAGCCUCAAGUCAAAUCAAAUGUUAUUUGUCACAUACACAUGGUUAGCGGAUGUUAAUGCGAGUGUAGCCAAAUGCUUGUGCUUCUAGUUCCGACAAUGCCGUAAUAAAAACUGUGGGUAAGUCUUCGUGGAUUUGACGCUACAAGCUUGGCACACCUGUAUUUGGGGAGUUUCUGCCAUUCUUCUCGGCAGUUCCUCUCAAGCUCUGUAGAUAAAGUGGGGAGCGUUGUUGCACAGCUAAUUUCAGGUCUCUCUCUCGAGAUGUUAGAUCGGUUUCAAGUCUGGGCUUUGGCGAGGCCACAUUCAGAGACCACUCCUGUGUUGUCUUGGCUGUGUGCUUAGUGUCGUUGUCCUGUUGGAAGGUGAACCUUCGCCCCAGUCUGAGAUCCUGAGUGCUCUGGAGCAGGUUUUCAUCAAGGAUCUCGCUGUACUUUGCUCCGUUCAUCUUUCCCUCGAUCCUGGCUAGUCUCCCAGUCCCUGCCGCUGAAAAACAUACCCACAGCAUGAUGCUGCCACCACCAUGCUUCACCAUAGAGAUGCUGCCACCACCAUGCUUCACCGUAAGGAUGGUGCAGAAUCUGUGCCUCGACACAAUCCUGUCUUGGAGUUCUACGGACGAUUUCUUUGACCUCAUGGCUUGGUUUUUGCUCUGACAUGCACUGUCAACUGUGGAACCUUUAUAUAGACAGGUGUGUGCCUUUCCAAAUCAUGUCCAAUGAAUUGAAUUUACCACAGGUGGACUCCAAUCAAGUUGUAGAAGCAUCUCAAGGAUCAUCAAUGGAAACAGGAUUCACCUGAACUCAAUUUCAAGUCUCAUAUCAAAGGGUCUGAAUACUUAUGCAAAUAAGGUAUUUCUGUUUUUUAUUUAUAAUUCAUUCGCAAUCAUUUCUUAUUAAGACCUGUUUGCGCUUUGUAAUUAUGGGGGGAAAACAAUUAUUUUAUACAUUUUAGAAUAAGGCUGUAACAUAACAAAAUGUGGGGAAGUCAAGGGGUCUGAAUAUAUGCACUUUAUCUACAGUCUAAGUUGACUGCAUGUGUCAGGGUUAGAGCAUGGAGCAGGAAGAGAAGCAGGAAGAGAAGCAGGGAGAGAAGCAGGAGGAGAAGCAGGAAGAGAAGCAGGAGGAGAAGCAGGGAGAGAAGCAGGGAGAGAAGCAGGAAGAGAAGCAGGGAGAGAAGCAGGAAGAGAAACAGGAAGAGAAGCAGGAAGAGAAGCAGGGAGAGAAGCAGGAAGAGAAGCAGGGAGAGAAGCAGGAAGAGAAGCAGGGAGAGAAGCAGGAAGAGAAGCAGGAAGAGAAGCAGGAAGAGAAACAGGAAGAGAAGCAGGAAGAGAAGCAGGGAGAGAAGCAGGAAGAAAGGCAGGAGGAGAAGCAGGAAGAGAAGCAGGAAGAGAAGCAGGAAGAGAAGCAGGAAGAGAAACAGGAAGAGAAGCAGGAAGAGAAGCAGGGAGAGAAGCAGGAAGAGAAACAGGAAGAGAAGCAGGAAGAGAAGCAGGGAGAGAAGCAGGAAGAGAAGUAGGAAAAGAAACAGG